ACACACUUUGCCUGCCUCCCCUCUUUCGCUCCAAUAACUUUUUGCUGCCUGCCUGCCCCGCCAGACCUUGCGCCAUUUGAGUAUAACUAGACCGGAUAUCGAUAGCGAUUAAUCGAUUUAUACAGCCACAGUAUGGGAGAUGAGCACGAGAAACGCACCACCAAGGAGAAGUUACUCUUCUAUACGACGGCAUUUUUCAUACUUCUCGGCACGUUUAGCUUGUUCGCAUUUCUGUUUCUGGUGCCGUUCGUGAUUGAGCCCGCAUUCACCACGAUCUUCAUGCAGUUCGAAGAGGUGCCGGCGCUCUGUGAGACAUAUGAUACGGAGAUCUAUUUUGGGGCCAAGAACUGCUCGUGGUCGUCGUGCCGUGAGGGAUGCACCAAGGAUAUCUAUACAUGCACGCAAAUACGCGUCAAUUAUCGCCUCAAUCUCUACAACUUCACGGACGAGUUCAACUUUACGGAGUAUCACAUCAACUUACGUGAGGCUGAACGUAUUCUGCCGCCCGUAAAGCGCACUGAUCGCUACGAGCGUGCACUGAGGGAUUACGAAUACGAUGGUCUGGCUCCCAAUAGCAUUGACCUGGAUGUGGAUAGCACUGGUUCCAUGGCCACGAACCGCUUCGAGCAGCUGAAGUUCGGGGAUGCCGAUGGCUCCAAUGGCUAUUUGAUUGAGGAUUCUGAAUCGGAUUCAGAUGAUGCGGCGAACACUAUGAUCACUGGUGAGCGACGGCCCUUCGAUGAGAUCUCGGAGCUGAACGAGGGACUCAUGGGCAACAAUUCGAUCUAUUACUAUGUGGGCGCUCGUCUGUUUCCCAAUGUCAAGGGCUGUGGCUAUCCGCCCAUGCUGAACUGCACGAUUUGGCUGAAGCGGUAUAUGAAGAUCGGAAUCAAGUUUCCCUGUUACUACUCGAAGGUGGAUCCCAGUUUGGUGAUCAGCGAUCUGGACUAUUGGCAGAAUACGCUGAAUUUGGUCUACUCCAUGGCCAUACCCAUUCCAUCAUUCAUCAUUUCGGUCAUCUAUCUGACGUAUGCCUACUUUAAGAUCUACAAUGAGGACGAGGAGACGGCGCCGCUCGACAAGAAUGCCGAGGACAUGGACAUUGAUGAUAUCGAUGCUGUCGAUGAUAGCGAUGGAGCAGUUCUGGCUGAUAAUGUGGCCGGCAGUCAGAUUGUUAACAUGGACUCCACGACCAAUGAUAGCUGCCUGGACGGUGUCCUGCCCAAUGGUGGGCCCGGCAUGACCAGGUGCAUAUCACAGGGUGGCUCAAUCACCACUCAAUCCGGCCAUUACAUCGCCCAAUCUCCGGCUGGCUCACAAAUGACGCCAAACUCGGAGAUCAAUUCGUUUGGUCAUCAGCUCAAGGUGCAGAUGGCCGAUGAAUUGUCCAGAGAUUCGCUAGAGAACGGCGUAAUCUCCACAUCCAACUCAGUGCAAGGAAACUUGAGCAAGACGAUGACGACGAGUAUCUCAACUCCACCUGGGCCGACAGCGGCAGUCUGAAACGUCAGGCGCAUGGUCUGGAAAAUGUUAGAUUCCGAUUCGGAAAAUGAACCGCUGCUCGACUAGCGGUUCAAUGCAGCAAGCAAAACCCAAAAAAAUAUGCAUAAAAACCAAAGUAUUUCUACCCAAAACAAUCGAUAAACAAUGCAUGCAAAUGCGAAACGAACCUGAAUACCUUCAGAGCUGUUAGAGACACUUAAAACUAUGAUAUAGACAUAUACAUAUAUAUAUAUAUAUAUAUAUAUAUAUAUAUAUAUAUAUAUUUAACUUAUGAAUCACUGAACACUCACGCAACUGCAAUUACAUAAUAAUUUUAUGAUAGAUCGAACGAUAAUAUUUUCGAAUAAGCUUUCAAACACACACACUCACACACAAUUUCAAAAUUAACGGUACAUUUGUAGCAUUCACUCUAUUCACGAUAUGAAUAAUGGAUAAUGAAUAUGAAUAUUCAAAAAAAGAGUAAAACUGAAGAAGUGGAAGCUUCACAAAAGAAAAUUGGGAAGUUGAAGUGGGAGAAGUGGAAGAAUACUGAUCGUAGGCAGUGUUACGUGAGGCAGCGUUGCUUCAGGAGG